CUCGCUCCGCCUUCUGAGUGACGCCCUCUUGGCUUGUGCUCCCCAGUCAAACUGAGAGACACAAUAAACUUCCUUCGCCGGGUGCGCUUCAAAAGAGUCUGGUGGUAACCUGCGUCUUCUCAAUCUGCUUUCUGUCUUUUCUGCGGGAACAAAACCCCUGACGUCUGUCCAACAUGUCCUCUGGAAACGCUAAGAUCGGCCAGCCUGCGCCCCAGUUCAAGGCUACCGCCGUGGUGGACGGCCAGUUUAAGGACAUCCAGCUGUCCGAGUACAGAGGGAAGUACGUGGUUCUGUUCUUCUACCCUCUGGACUUCACAUUCGUGUGUCCCACGGAGAUCAUCGCCUUCAGCGAGCGUGCCGGAGAGUUCCGCAAGACCGGCUGCGAGCUCAUCGCCUGCUCCACCGACUCCCACUUCAGCCACUUGGCCUGGAUCAACACCCCCCGUAAGCAGGGUGGUCUGGGUAAGAUGGACAUCCCUCUGGUGGCUGACCUGAACCAUGCCAUCUGCCAGGACUACGGUGUCCUCAAGGAGGGCGAAGGCAUCGCCUACAGGGGGCUGUUUGUGAUUGACGAUAAGGGCAUCCUGCGCCAGAUCACCAUUAAUGACCUGCCUGUGGGCCGCUCUGUGGAUGAGACCCUGCGCCUGGUGCAAGCCUUCCAGCACACCGACAAACACGGAGAAGUGUGCCCAGCCGGUUGGAAGCCUGGCAGUGACACAAUCAUCCCAGACGUCGCCAAGAGCAAGGAGUUCUUCUCCAAGCAGUAAACCGCCCUGAGCAGCACUGGCCUGAGCUCCCGAAGCACUUAUCCCACACACCCACACACACACACACACACACACGCAGUACUAAACACUAAAACACAUGCUAACUACAAACCUCUUACACACACGCAUACACGCACAAACGCUUCCCAGGUUCUCAAAGCACUUGUUGUAGACUCGUAGGAAAGGAGUGGUGGCUGCAGAGGUCAGACGGGUCGUUUAGCGGCUGAGCGGCCCUCCCUGAUUGGCUAAUUUUAGCGGCUAAAUUGAGGCUAGUCUGGCCUCCUCCCUCCGCAAUCACCCUCUUGCUCACUCGGAGUUGUGACCUCUCCUCUCCUCUGCUGUUUUUCUUCUCUGUACUUCUCUUUCUGGUAUUCCUUUAAAAGUAGCCUUAAGCUGUACGCCGUAGUCCAGAGCACUGAACAUCGUGUGUGUGUGUGUGUGUCUGACCCUUUUUCUUUCUUUUUUUUCUGUCUUUCUUUCUUCCUCUCUCAGUUGUUCUCUGACUGACUGACUGAUUAGGAAGUUUAAAAAAGACAAGUCAAAAAAGUAUUUUGUACCUUGCAAAUGUUGUGGAGUCUGAACAACCAGGACUAUGCGUUUGCAGUGUGUUGUAGACAAAUAAACCCAAUGGUGUUGAACAA